AAGUAUAUUUACUUCUAGUUUUGGCUUUGUUCCCAGUUCUACAAAUACAGCUGGCAGAUUUACAGCUACUGUACUUCUAAAUUGUAUUGAUCUAAAUAGUGCAACAUCUAUUUAUUCACGACCUUGCGGGUGAAGAAUAAUUCAUAAUUAUUCUACUUUUUAGCUUGUUGUGGAAACUGAAUUUAUUGGAUUUUGUUGUGCAUGCUUUAGAACAGCGGGUUGAACUUGUGUUAAGGUUUUUGCAGUCACGCUUCUGUGCACAACAUAUAAAUAAAAUAUAGGCCUAAACCAUGGUAUAAUUAGUGGGUUCAAACUCUGAUGUUAACUGCUGAAGUUGGAAUGUUAAAAGGUGAAAAUGACAAUGGAAAUGUUUCUAGAGGAAGGACAGAGGCAAGCAGGUCAGAGAGGACUAAAUUAUCGAACUGUAUUGUCCACCGGUUGAGGACAGAUAACGUAUAUCGGCGGAAGUUUAUUCUCAGUCUAGCGGUGUUUUGGUCAUAUGUGAAUUUAGGAUGGGUUGUGUUACAAAUCGGGACAGCUCUACCAGACCUCCAAAUUCUUGUGGAUGUAGAUCUAGAAACAGCGUCAUGGCUGUUCACCACGUGGUCUUUAGGAUUUGUGGCGGGUUCUCUAUUUUGCGGCUUCCUGUAUGACCGUAUCAACAGACUGGUUGUAAUGUUUGUUUGCACCUUCGGGGUGGGCAUCAGUAGUAUUUGUCUCCCGCACAGCAAGUCCUUCAGUGUGAUGGUGAUUCUUCGUGUUGUGUGUGGAAUAUUUUGCGGGGGGAUUGAUACAGGGGCUAAUACAAUAGUUCCAUCUAUCUGGGGAUCGAAAGGAGGCCCUUUCAUGCAAGCAUUAUAUUUGUCAUACACUCUCGGUAGCAUUGCAUCUCCCUUUGCUACGGAACCGUUUAUGUCUGCUGUCAAGCAUACUAUUGUCAAUGUUACGGAAAGUCACAAUAAUAGCGGAAGCGAGCUUACAAGUAAUCAAAAUAUAUCAGCUUGCCUCAACUGUGGAGAAAACGAGUAUGACAUAUUCCAGAAUCCCUUCGAAAAUGUCCAGGGAUCUUCCAGAAAUUACUCAACGGAUUGGUUACUCCAUAACAAUGUUUCAAACAAUGUCACGUCUUCAAAUGGUCUAACAGAGGCUAUUCAAAUACAUAAAGCAUUUGUAAUGACAUGUAUAUUAGUUUUGUGCUCGUCAAUUCCCUAUCUUGUUAUGGUGCUCAUUGGAGAUUUUGAUAUAAAAGCGACUAAGAAUACCAAAACAGAAUCCGUUGUUGAAAAAGAAGAAGAACCGCUUCAAGAAAAGGUGAAUACUGUUACUGUGAUUGAGAUAGGUACAACCAAAAUCAAAGGAAGGCGAAAAUGUUUCGUAUUAGCAUGUAUAGCUAGCGUGAAUUUGUUUUACAGCGCAACAGAAGAUAGUCUAGGUGAUUUUUUAGUGGUGUUUGCUCUAGAUUACCUUGAAUGGGAUACAUCCUCAUCUGUAUCGUUGAUUUCACUGUACUGGGUGGCAAGUUGUAUCGGAGGUCUGGCUGGAGUUAUUCUUGUGCGAUGUCUGAGACCCACUAAAUUACUUUUCUUUGCACAUUUACUUUGGAUUACAGCGUUUCUUCUCUCACUGCUCGCAAGCCUGUACAGAAUUGAUAUUAUGAUAUGGAUAUUCAUUCCUAGUUCUGGAUUCUUUAUGGUGCUUAUAAUUCCUGCCGCAAUAUCUUGGACAGAGGAAUAUGUGUGUCAUAUCACUGGUCGGAUUUCCUCUUUGUUUAUGAUUGCCACAGGAACUGGAAUUGCAGCGAAUCCAAGAUUUUUAGGAUAUAUGAUGGAAAAACACACUUACGUGUCCUUUCCAUGCAUUCUAUUUAUAGAAUCUGUGAUAUGUUUUGGUUUGUAUGUAUUAGCAUUCGUUUUUCGAUAUUUUAGGUAUACUCCUGAUAAUGAAGUUAAAACAGAAAUACGUGUAAACCAGUAACCACAGGUACAUAGACGCUGUUCAUGAGUGUGUGUGUAAGAUCACUUACUUAGGAUCAGUUGUUGCUCAACCCUGUCAGGGAUCGGGACCUUUCAUGAAAAGCAGCUUUCCAACUGAUUCGGUUAAGGUCGAUGGUUCUACCUAGAUGUAAAUCUUAAUGCCCUAAAUAAUGUACUGUAACAUAAUGCCCAAUAAAAAAUGACCACAGAUACGGAGCAUUGAAAGUUAAAUCAAUGUUAGAAAACUGAGUUUGAGAACCAAUCUCGAAACACAAAAGGAUGUUUUUAACACUCACUGUAUUGAAACUUACCGUUUUAAAACUGCAUUCUGACACUGAUAUAAAAACUCUCUUUCAUUA